CUCCUUCCUCGCCCGCCAGCCCGCCCGCUCUCUCUCUCUCGGCCGCUCCGACGCCAGCAGCGCCCGCGUGCGGCUCGCCCAGCCCCGGGGGAGCCUGAGGAAGUUUCCCGGGCCGCGCGCCCCGCUCGCUCGCCUCGCAGCCCGCGGCCUCACCCGCCGACGCACCCGCCAUGCCCUCGGCCAAACAAAGGGGCUCCAAGGGCGGCCACGGGGCCGCGAGCCCCUCGGAGAAGGGCGCCCACCCGUCGGGCGGCGCGGAUGACGUGGCGAAGAAGCCGCCGCCGGCGCCGCAGCAGCCGCCGCCGUCCGCGCCGCACCCGCAGCAGCACCCGCCGCAGCAUCCGCAGAACCAGGCGCACGGCAAGGGCGGCCACCGCGGCGGCAAGUCCUCCUCCUCCGCCGCCGCCGCGGCCGCCUCAUCCUCGGCGUCCUGCUCGCGCAGGCUCGGCCGGGCUCUCAACUUUCUCUUCUACCUCGCCCUGGUGGCGGCGGCCGCCUUCUCCGGCUGGUGUGUCCACCACGUCCUGGAGGAGGUCCAGCAGAUCCGGCGCAGCCACCAGGACUUCUCCCGGCAGAGGGAGGAGCUGGGUCAGGGCUUGCAGGGUGUCGAGCAGAAGGUGCAGUCUCUGCAAGCCACUUUUGGGACUUUUGAGUCCAUAGUGAGAAGCUCCCAACACAAACAAGAUCUCACAGAGAAAGCCGUGAAGCAAGGGGAGAGUGAGAUCAACCGCAUCAGUGAAGUUCUACAAAAACUCCAGAAUGAGAUCCUCAAAGACCUCUCUGAUGGGAUCCACGUGGUAAAGGACGCCCGGGAGCGGGACUUCACAUCCCUGGAGAACACAGUGGAGGAGAGGCUGACCGAGCUCACCAAGUCCAUUAACGACAACAUCGCCAUCUUUACCGAGGUCCAGAAGAGGAGCCAGAAGGAAAUAAACGACGUCAAGACCAAGGUGGCCUCUCUGGAGGACUCAAAGGGGUACAAGCAGGAUUUGAGAGCCCUGAAGGAGGUUGUGGAGGAAAUACAAACCUCGGUGAAGUCCAGAGAGAAGGACAUUGAGGCCCUGAGAAGCACCGUGCAGACCAUGGAGUCAGAUGUCUACACGGAGGUCAAAGAGCUGGUGAGCCUCAAACAGGAGCAGCAGAGGUUCAAGGAGGCGGCCGAUUCGGAGCACCUCACCUUGCAGGCGCUCACGGAGAAGAUCCUGCAGGCGGAGGAGACGGCCUCCCGCCUUCCCGAGGAGAUCCGGAGACUCGAGGAGGAGCUCCGCCAGCUGAAGGCCGCAGCCCUCAGGCCGGAAGAAGACGGGGCCUUUAGAGCCUCUGAGGCCUUCGAGACUCUACAGAAGGAGAGCCAGGGCUUGGACUCGCGGCUGCAGAGCGUGGAAGACGGCGUGCAGGCGGCACGCGCGGCCUGGGAGCGCCAGGGCGAGGGCCUGGAGGCUCUGCGCGCGCAGGGCGAGGAGCAGGCGCGGCGCCUGGCGGAGCUGCAGGAGCGCGUGGCCGGCCUGGGCCCCGGCCCCGAUGAGGCAGAGGCCGACGGCCUGGCCGGCGCGGUGCGAGGCCUGGGCCAGGCCCAGCUCUCGCUGUCCGGCGACGUGGAGGAGCUGAAGCGCCGCGUGGCCGAGCUCCCCGGCGCCGUGGAGGCGCUGCAGAAGGUGCAAGAGCAGGUCCACGCGCUGCUCGGCCGCGACGCCGCCGCCGCGCCCCCGCAGGACCUGCUGGACAGACUCUCCUCUCUAGACAACCUCAGAGCCUCCGUGGGCCAGGUGGAGUCGGACUUGAAAAUGCUCAGGACUGCCGUGGACAGUUUGGUCGCGUACUCAGUGAAGAUCGAGACCAAUGAGAACAACUUGGAGUCGGCCAAGGGUUUGCUAGAGGACCUGAGGAAUGACUUGGAUAGGUUGUUCGUGAAAGUGGAAAAGAUUCACGAGAAGGUCUAAAUGGAUUGUGUGUGCAGGGCGCGGACGGCCCUGCCAGUUUCUCUUGACCAAAAACGUGUUGUCCGACCCCGCGCCUCUCCCCCCGCGGUGUGGCCCCUCCCGAGGAGCUGGCCCUGCUCCACCACCUGGACCACCAGGGCCAUUUGUGUUUUCGUGCCCGGUUAAUUUAUUUACGGUUGUUACCACACGCCGUGGGUUGCUCAAGUUCUCUGCUUCUGCUUUGGGUGGGUUUCCUGGAGACCUGGCCCCUGUCAAUCAGAGAUGCCUUCUAGAAGGGAUCUCUGUCGGGUGUCAGGGAAGAACUAUAGUGGCUGCAAGCGAGGAUUAGCAGAAGCAGAUUAACCUCAAAAACCCCUGGCUGGCUGGCAGAUUUCAAAUUAAAAAAAAAGUGGUGGGGAGGAGGCACUUUUCUUUCUAAUUGUCUUUAAGGAAAAUUCAUUUUACUUUUUUUUUUUUUUUUUUUUACUACUUCUGGCUGAAGUUUUCAUGAGAUGUCACUCACUUCUUGUCUUCCACUUUAAACUGGUUACACCUCAUAAAUGUCAGCUCUGAAUCGGGAGGGGGACAGGCCCUUCCGUUUUUAGUUGAAAAGAAUCAGCUGCUUGAGGGUCACCUCCUGUGGUGUGGGUGUCUUUUUCCAUUCCUGAAUCCUCUCGUGAUCUCAAAGGUAACUAUGCAAAGAAUCCAGGCGGUUCUGAAUGUGAAGGCCCAACACCCCACAGUCCCCUGUGGCCACCCUGUGUCACCUCUUGGUAAGGACCCCAAAUAAUGCAUUUAGAAUAAGGGUUUAGACUCCCUGAAAGGGGAGUCCUUGGAUUCUUUCAGGAAAUGUAUUACGAGAGCUGCUCAUAAAGGCUUGGGCCACCUCCCUGGGGAAUGGAGGCUGCGUCUUUAUGUUGCCAUGAUGUCCAUGAUGGGUUUUGCUGUCACAGCAGGCCCCAUCUGUCAGUGAGGAACGUGUGCAUUUUCUGUAGCUGUUUGCUGUUUCCCUUUCCCUUUGAGCUGUACUGUUCUUUAAUGGCUGUCUUGCCCUUUAAAAAAAAGAAAAAAAAGAGAAAAAGUAAAAAAUGAAAAGAAAAAGAAAAAAAAAGGUUUGUUUAGUUUACUGUGAAAUGAACUGUAUGGCUUAUUUACAGUAUUUUUAAUUCUUAAUAAACACUUGAGCUUUGUUACGAC